UAAUGCAUGCAAAGUGUUUGAAAUGAUACAAACCGUUCAGUUUUACAUGCUGUGUAAAAUAAUUUUUUUUAUUAUUGAAAGUCACAAUAUUUUUACUUAACCUCUGUGAACGGUAUUGUCUGUGAGUAAAACGCACCCUCACACACAAAAGGUGCGUCUCAUUCUGCUCCCUCCUUGGCUCCCAGUAUCAUGAAUCAGUUUAUUUGAAAACGAAUUCGGCCACUGGAAAGAAGUAAGGAGAGAAACGUUUUUAACUAUUCAACUAGUGUCCGUGUUCAGCUGUUAUUUUUAUGCAGACUAAAAGAUCGGACGCAUAUUAAUUAAUUUCGAAAAUAUGGGAAGCUGCAUACAGAUGCAGUUAACGGGAUAUUUUAUUAUUGCGUGGCUGUAUAACAGAAAUAUACAGUGUCAUACGAUCUUAUUCCCAUUUCGUUAUAAUUACAAUAUUAAUGUUACUUUGAAUUUUAUCCAAUAAUGUAAAUGGGCAAAUAUUGUAAACAACAAUUGAUGAUUCUCCGACUCUUUGACACUCUGCCAAAGCAUCCCAUAAGCUUCUGCUGAGAAGUUUGCAGAAUAUGGGAAAAUAUUAAAAUUUUAACAAAAGAGGGAUCAUACAAAUUGCAUGUGUUUUUUUUUUUGUGCUGUCCUGAAUAAGAUAUUUCACACAACAGAUGUUUACAUAUAAUCCACAAGACAAAAUAACUGAAUUUAUACAACUUCAAAACUACAUUCAGAUUUGCAUAUGUUGAAUCUUAACAUGUCAGUAUUUACCAGGAUCCAUAACUGUUUUCAUUUUUUGUGAUAGUUGUUCAAGAGUUCUACAGAACCAGUGAGGACAGCUUGAGAGACUCAAACACAACUAUUACAAAAUGUGAAAACAUUUUCUGAUGUUCAUGAACGGAACACAAUGCAUUAAGGCCAAGGGGUGCAAACUUUUUUUUUUCAAUUUGCAAUGCCCUUCAAAAAGCUAAUACACAUUUCCCAGAAGACAAAAUAAGUACAUCAGUGAUAUUGUUUGUUUGUUUGUUUUUGGAUUGUCUGCAUUCAAGAAAUAUUGUGGAAACCGUUGCUGUUAUAAAAUAAUAUGCAGAAGAAAACCAAAUUAUGUAGUAAUAAAGUAUAGUUUUUAAUGAACAUGUUGCACAGGUUUUUAGAAAUUGAUGAAUAUGUGAUAAGAAAAUUAUUAUCUGCAGUAGAAGAAAUAACUGAACAUGGACAACAAGGGUCUAUUUCAUUAAACAAGUUUACCAAAAAAACCCAGAAUUAUUUAAGUUAGUCUAAUUUAUUUAGAACCAAAUCAACUGACAAUAAUCGGACUAACUGAAAUAAGCCUGGCUUUUAUGGUAAACUUGUUUUAUGAAACAGCCCCCGAGUUAACCACAACACUGGAACUUUUUUAAAAAGCCAAUACAAUUAAUUGCUUGGCAAAAUGAUUCACUUUUUAUUAUUAUUAUUAUUAAUAUUAUCUUUUUUUUUUUUUUUGAUUUGCAAAACAUUGCACACUACCUAUCUGUAACUUCAACUUUAAAAUGUGUAAAUUUGACAAAUUUGAACAAAUUGCAAAUGUUUUCAUAAAGUUGUAAUCUUAUAAAUUUAUCUACAGAUCAUUAUUCUAAUUAACUAAAUACAAAGUGUCUGUAUAAUUUGAUGUGCUAGUUUUUUGGAAGGGCUUGGCUAAUCAGACUAUUAAAGACUAUUAACUGUUAAUCUGACUGACCUCACAGGCCAUUGUGCUGACUGCUGAACUAGGGAGCUGACUGAGAGGCAUCCAAAGAUUUUGUUUGGAUUUAUGUUAAGCAGUGUCACCUUAAACACACAGAAAAAUCCAGUUUAUGUAUUAUUAAAAGGAUGGCAUCUAUUAAAGUGGAAAGUGAAGACUUGAGGAUUGAAGAGGACUUCAGAGUGAAACAAGAAGAUGCUGAGGAACAAGCAGAUCUGAUUAUACUGAAAGAAGAAAGUGAAGAACUGAAUGAAAUGGAAAAGAAAGAUAAGUGUGAGAAGCUUCAUCAUUUCAUAAUUGGGGAAAAAUCCCAUCAGACUGGAAAGACGUCCUCACGAAAAAGAGCUCAAAAGACAGAAUCUAACAGUUAUUUUACAUGUUGUCAGUGUGGAAAGAGUUUCAAUCAAAAACAAAACCUUGAAGUCCACAUGAGAGUUCACACUGGAGAGAAGCCUUUCAGCUGCCAACAGUGUGGAAAGUGUUUCACUCAAAAAGGAAACCUUAAAAGUCACUUGAGAAUUCACACAGGAGAGAAGCCUUUCACCUGCAAACUGUGUGGAAAGAGUUUCACCGCAGAACCAAACCUUAAAUAUCACAUGAACAUUCACAAUGGAGUGAAGCCGUUCACUUGUGAUCAGUGUGGAAAGAGUUUCACUCGUAAAGUAACCCUCAAUUAUCACACAAGAAGUCACUCCGGAGAAAAUGGUUUAAUUUGUCAUCACUGUGGAAAGAAUUUCAGUCAUAAAGUAAGCCUUAAGACUCAUAUGAGGCUUCACACUGGAGAGAAGCCUUACACAUGCCCUCAGUGCGGAAUGAGUUUCACAUUCAAAGCAUCCCUUGAUUCACACAUGAGAAGUCACACUGGAGAGAGCCCUUACACCUGCAAAGUGUGUGGGAAGAGCUUCUCGCUAAAAGGAAAUCUCAACACUCACAUGAGAGUUCACACUGGAGAGAAGCCAUUCAUGUGUAUUCAGUGUGGAAGAUGUUUCACGCGUAAAGGAACCCUUAAAUACCACAUGAGGAUUCACUCAAGAGAGGACUGUUUUAUAUGUCACGAAUGUGGAAAGAGUUUCCCAGACAUGAAACACCUGAACAGGCAUGUAAUAAUUCACUCCGGAGAGAAGCCUUUUAAAUGUCAGCAGUGUGGAAAGGGAUUUCAGUACAAUAAAAACCUUAAAACUCACAUGAAAAUUCACACCAGAGAAAAAACUUUCAAAUGCAUUCACUGUGGGAAAAGUUUCAGUUAUAAAGUAAGCCUUAAGACUCACAUGAGACUUCACACUGGAGAGAAGCCUUACGCUUGCCCUCAAUGUGGAAAGAAUUUCACAUAUACAGCAACGCUUAAUGCCCACAUGAGAACGCACACUGGAGAGAGGCCGUUCAUAUGUGGCCAGUGUGGAAAGAGUUUCACACGCAAAGGAAACCUUAAUUACCACUUGAGGAUUCACUCAAGAGAGAGCAGUUUUAAAUGUUAUCAGUGUGGAAUGAUUUUUACAGACCGGAAUCACCUUAAGAAUCAUGUAAUAACCCACAUCGGAGAAAAGCCUUUCAUAUGCCAUCACUGUGGAAAGAACUGCACAAACAAAACGAAUCUUGAGGUUCACAUAAGAGUUCACACUGGAGAGAGGCCUUUCACCUGCCCUCAGUGCGGGAAGAGUUUUACACUUAGAGGGAAUCUUAAGACUCACAUAAGAGUUCACACUGGAGAGAAGCCUUUCACAUGUCUUCAGUGUGAAAAGAGCUUUGCAUAUCAAAGAGACUUGAAACGUCAUUUGCAAACACAUUCUGACAAGAAAUUACAGUGUUCUGAGUGUGGAAAGGGAUUUCAGAAAAAUAGCAAUUUCAAAAAUCACCUGCACAUUCACUCCGGAGGGAGGCGAUUUCAUUGUCAUCAGUGUAAUAAAACAUUCCUUUUGCCAUCACACUUACAAAUACACUUGAAGAGUCAUGCAGAUGUGAGGCGCUAUUUGUGUUCCAUGUGUGGUAAGAGGUUUAAAUGGCUCGGCGAUUUAAAGUGGCACCAGAAAAUACGGAUCUGUGUGAAAUUGAAAAUUUCACCUCGGCUGAAUGCAGGCCAAAUCUGAUCGUAAAGCCUCAUGACCAUUGGCCUGUGCAUACUUUGUUUUGAGGCUUCUCGUUUCUAUUUGUCAUGUACAUAUACAUUUUUUUGGCCACACCUCACCAACUCCUUUGCUAUAUAAAAUAUUGAGUGGUUGUGGUAGACAGCCUCUAAUUCUGAUUCAAUAGAGGCGAUGCUCCAUUCCAUAUGUUUGUAUCUCAUAAUCGUAAUAUUAAACUUCUGUCUUGCUGUGAAUUGCUACAAUAUAUAGUAUAUAAAUCAAGAAUAUAAAUAAAAGGACAUAAACUGAAUGAAAACUGAAAAAUGCCGGUUAAAGAUAUGUUAUCUGGACUUUAAUAUGGAUGUUGGGCAUCAUCUGGUGACAUCUGGAAGCUUGUGUAAGUAAGUUGUGUAAAAGCAAGUCCUACUUCUGAUCUUCUGUGUUUUUUUAGUUUAUUUAAUGGACACGGUUAACAGCAUUUCAAAAAAUUAAUUGAAGGUUCAGUUAUACAUCAGCUUCGUAGCAAAAUGCCUAGUAUAUUCCAUUUGUGCACUAGAAAAGGUAAUCUUUGUCCAGUGUCUGCACUGUUUCUCUCCGGAAGUUAUGAGUAAUAAAAAUGUCUUGUUAAAAAUGUACUUGUUUAGAGUAGAAUUAUGUGUUUUUGAACAAAAACCUGUUAAUGUUGGCAUCUUUUGAGUACUUAUUUUAUUUUUUCUGUCAGCUUGUGUUCUUUUUCAAAUGUGAAACAAUUGCCUGGGUCACUUUGUGAAAAAACUAGUGUCCAAGUGCAAAAAAAAAAAAAAAAAAGGAUAAAGAAAACCCGCAUGAACUGAGUGUACAGUGUAUGCUAUUAGAAAAAUAUUGCUUUGCUUGUAGGUAUGCACAUACUGUGCUGAUAAUGACGACAUUUAUGUCACACAUUGUCUGUAAACCCUAGUGUACACCUAUAAACAAAGCAUAAUGUGGUAGAUUUAUAGAAUUUACUUCAUAGAUUUACAGAUGUAGUUGUUCAGAAUGCUUUUUUUUUAUACUGAAGCAUGCAAUUCAUCACCCAUGAGCAUGGGGCACACUCCUAUUUCUUGUGUUUCACAUAAUAUCCACAUCCCUACCCUUUUGUCUCAUCUAUUGCUUGCUGUUGUAUGAAUACCUGGCAUGUGAAGCCACCGUCAGCUGGAGUGACUGCAGUUCCUACCGAGUGCCAAAAAGACUGAAUGACAGCAGUGGUUUUCAGCGAGAAAGCUGUGACAGAACACACAAAACACAUCUAAAACAACCAAUAGAUCUGACAAGAAAUCUGAAAUAUAUUUUACAGACUGCCGAAAUCUACAGAACAGAGAAGCAAAUGGAUCCCUGCAAUUCAAAGAAACAAAUGGACUCUAGGCAGCGAAACACAGAUUUGCAGUUAUCAUUAUAUGUUAAUGCUGAAUUUUGUGGCAAAAUCAUACCCUAUAUAUUGUAUUGUUUUAUAUCUUGUUGCCUACUCAUCAAUUAAGUAUUUACCAUCUUAUAUUCUGCAUAACUGGAUGUUUUUAAAUAAACACUGACAAAAACUAUACAGUUAUAUAUAUUGAUACUUUGUAGCAGAGGUGGGACCAAGUCAAUGUUUUGCAAGUCACAUGUAAGUCUUGAGUCUUUGCAUUUAAGUCCCAAGUCAAGACAGACAAGCCC